AUGUGUUUUUCCAUUGAGAUUGAAAUAUUUGCUUCUCAAAGUAAUUUUAGCCCUUUAACUGAAAAGGUGCAUUCUAAAAAUUACAAUUUAUACAAUUUACACAAAGAAUCAAGUCCAAAUUUUGGUACCUGUCAAGAUGUUUUGGAAAUCGGAUGGGGUGACUCUCCCGGUAAGAGUACAAUCACUUGUAAAAAAAAGCUUGAACCCAAAGAAUCACCCAAAUCAUCUUUACCUCCUAAAAGAAGAAAUAUUAGGUCUAAUUUAAAAAAAGUACAAAAUUCAUGUGUCGAUAUAGCUAAAUAUGUUGCAGAAGUUCAAGAACUUUCGAAAAAUGUUAUGAAAGAGUUAAAUACUAAUGUGAUCAAUAAGGAGAAAAAUUUAUUUUCAGUUAAAAAUUCAGAAAUAAUUAAUAAUAAUAUUGAAGAUGAUUGUUCUUAUAAAGACAAAUCGAAUUUAGAUUAUCAAAAGAAAAAUACAGUUGCAGUAAUUGAUGACAAUUCAAAUUCGGAUUUACAGUUUGAUAAUAUUUUACAAAGUUUUAUAAAGGAAGAAGAUGAAUGGUUAUUGCAAGCAUUGCCUCCUCAAGAUUGUGAUAAAACUCCAAUGAAAAAUUUUUUCAAAUGUAAAUCAGAGACUGAACUAACACUAAAUCAACAAAAUGUAGGAGAAAUAAAUAAAAAUUCAAGGCAGAAAGUUAUGAAUAAUAAUAAACAAUUUAACAGAACUUUAUCUUUUGAAAUAACAAAAAGUCAAGAUUCUACACUUCCAUGCCUUAAUAAAAAUGAAAAAGAUGGCGAAUCAUUAUAUAUGACAAAAUCUUCGACUACUCAAUACUCGAAAGAAGAAAUUGAACAAAAAAGAUUAGAAGCUUUAUAUAGAAGAGAGAAAAAAGAAAUAGAAAGAAAAAAAAUGGAAGCUUUAAAACGAUUAGAAAUGAAAAAAUUAAAGCAUAGCAGUACUUAG